GUUGUCAAUCAGAAAUGGCGCUCAGAUCUCGGCGAGCAAGAAAAACCAUGAAAGAAUUUAGCCAUCAAAAAAAAGAAAAGCUAGGGCUACAGGACUUGUUAGACGAAGUCGAUUUAGUGAAUAUUAAAGAAGUGUUCUUUUCGUACCCAAAUAAAUGUAUGAACGAAGCAACAUUGAAAAGUCUUUUAUACGAUAUUGCCAAAGUCUCUUUUGAGGAUAAGGAAUUUUCUGUAUUGUUUUUGAAAAUGAAUACGGCCAGAAAUGGUAUGGUAACUUGGGAUGAGUUCAUUUCGUUUCUCAUACUGGGAUUUAAAGAAAAAGAAAUUUCAACAGAAUUCGAGUCUUUAGAAGCUCCCAUUUCGAAGCCGCCCAGAAUAAUUCGCAGCAACCACAGACAUCCGGUUAGUCGUAUCAAGUUUUGCCCCAUGGUAAGAUCAAAUCGUACAUUCGAUUAUUUAGAUGGUAGCUACUUGACAUGCAGUAAAGACGGUGUUAUAAACUAUUGGACACUCGACAUGGCAGUCGAAAGAACGGUGCAGUCGACAUGUCCAGAUUUGAUGGUACAAACAACCUGGGUUACCGAUCUCAUAUCAUUGUCUGACAUCAACGUAAUAUGUACAUCAAGCACCGAACGAGACUUGCGAUUUUAUGAUACUUCAGCGAGAAAAUUCGAACUCCGAGUUAUCAUAACUUCCCUGGAAAGCGCAGGAACCUGCUUACACUAUUCGUUCCCUCAGUCGGUCGAAGAUGAAUCUAAAGUGAUUGUGGGUGACCAAAGCGGAAGCGUUCGGGUCAUCCUUUUUUGUCCAAAAGUUCGCGGUCCGUUCAAAAGCAAACCCGGUCUCCCUUUGCUUCGAUAUCGAUACGACGAUCUAGUAAAAGGAUACGCGGAGGGGUUCCGAGUCGUUGAAUUUAAACAUGUCCAUACUGAUUGGAUCAAACAGGUAUCGUACUACGAACCUUUGCAUUGUGUAGUAUCUUGCGCGUCCUGUCCUGGUAUAGCAGUGGUUAUGAGAGACUUAACCGGAACCAAAACGAACUCCGUAUUCGAAAUCACAAAAGGUGCCACUUGUUUCGCUCUUUCUGAAUCACCCCAUCUUCUGGCCACUGGCGGACUGGAUUGUACGGUUCGUAUCUGGAAUCCAUUUGUUCCCCAACGUCCCAAUGGAGUGUUUAUCGGUCAUCAUUCGGCCAUAAUAGCGCUUAUAAUUCAAGAGGGCAAGAAAGUUUUCUCCAUGUCUACGGAUAAAGUGAUCAAAAUAUGGGACUUAAUCUCACAAACUUGCAUUCAAAGCUAUUACGAUGUACCGUCCGAACUGAGCGAAUUUUCUGACAUAACGUUCCUCUAUAAUCCAGACAAUCGUCAAAUACUUCUUGGUAGUAUCAUGAUCGUGAUCCUUGAGUUCUGCCCGUUGCAAAGCGGCGAGCACACCGACGGUACCACGCAUUCGCGCGGCGUUUCACGUGUACUUUAUAAUCCACUGUUCAAAAUUAUCGUGACCGUCGGUUUGGACAGUUACAUCAUAGUGUGGGAUCCAUGGUUGGGGCGAAGAAUGUCCGUGGUUAAGAAUGCUCACACCAAAAUCGUUCAAGGAGAAGAGAUACGGUUAGAAGUGACUGCUGCGUGUUUUGAUCCCGGUUUUCAGUUGUUGCUAACCGGGGCCACCGAUGGAUCGUUAAAAAUCUGGAACUUCAACACUGGCACGUGCAUUCGAAACAUGAGAAUUGAGCCGGACUGUGAGGUUGCCGCGGUUGCUUGGUUUGGAAAUAGGGUGUUCGCUGCCGGUUGGAACAAACACGUAUCCGAAUUUUCGGAAGGCGGGGGUGCUACGGGAUCCGGUGGUGCAGCUGGGAAAUCUUGGUCAACGAGACAUACGGAAGACAUACUGUGUGUCGCGAUGAGAAUGCCUCAAACUCUAGUUUCGGCCACUUAUAACGGCGAACUGAUCAUGUGGCAACUUGAAACUGGACAACCGUACAAACAGUACAACGUCGCCAAUCCAACCCAGCGAAUUAAGAUUCAAUAUAAAAUUGAGAGAGAUAAGAAACUAUCACAAAAGGGCUCAUUAAUUCGAAGUUUUGGGGCUCCGGCAGCGCCGAAAAGAAAAAGUCUUUUGCCUACAUUCAUGCAGCAAACGGACGAAAAGGGAGCUCUAAGUAUAAAAGCGUCUUUAUUAAAAAAGAGAAAUGAAAUAUGCGAUAAAAAAAUUAAUUUACAGCUCAACAACAGGCUGCGAAGAGCAAAAAAAAUCUCGGUUAUUCAGAUGCCUGAAGUUGUUGUGCCAUUGCGAGGUUUGGCUGUUCACACCAUGUUGUUUUUGGCAACACGCCCGAUGGAUCCAAGAGUGGGCAGUCUGUUUGUAGCUCUAGAAAAUGGCCAGAUACAGGUAUGGUCGCACCAUCCAUCUAGUGGGUUUAUGGGCUCCUUUUCGGCCAUUCAUACCGCUGGCGAUUACGUAAUAAGUAUGGCAACCGACAGCAAAAAUGAGUACUUGUUAAUGGGUACAUGCGCUGGUUAUGUAAAAACCUGGCUGGUCAAAAAUUAUCUGGUUGGAGAAAGUGUUUCCAUAAGCAUGCCGAAAUAUCGAUUGAUAUUCCCAUUUUUGUGGAAGGAUUUGUGGGAGGGUAGAGCAAAGAGAGCAAACAGGGGCCAAAUUUACCCCGUUCUCUUGAACAGCUUCAAGGCACACUUUAUGCCGGUUUCCGGAUUGGAUUACAUAGAUGAUAACCAAACGUUUGUUAGUUGCAGCGCUGAUAACACUGCAAGACUUUGGACCCUUAGCGGUCGUUAUUUAGCAACAUUAGGGACGUUCAAGCCCUGGUAUAAUAUACCUCAAGAUACACCUCCCGGAAAUGAGAGACCGUAUACAAUGCCGGCCGAUCUAAAACGAGUCUCCAGCUCAACUACACUAAAAGUAUUUAUGGGCGGAGAUGUUCCAAAGAAACGCUUGCCAAAGAAAGACGACGACAAAGGUGUUAGAAUAAUACGGGAAGUUGAUUUAGUCAAAGCGGGCAUAUAUGGUAAAAGAGUGGAGGAACCGAUUUUAGGCAAUUAUUACCGUUUACCAGAAAAGAAAACUGGCCGACAUGAUUUCAACCUCGACACUUCCUUUCCUUAUAUUAUUAGUGCGGACCAGUUGUGUUUCAUUUACCUAUCUAUACAUGUCUAGGACAGGACCUCU